GUUCGUCUAUUCAUUCUUGGAUCACUCCCCAGGAAGAGAAAAGAUGGCGGCCGACACUAAUGUAGAGAGCCGUCUUUGGCUUUUGCAAGAAAGACUAAAGCAAGAGCGACUCUUUGUUAACAAAGAAAAGACAGCUAUAAAUGUGCUUAAUUCUGAGGUUCAAGCUACCUGCGAAAAGUUAUUUCAUGUGUCGUGGAUCACAAGUCAGCAGUGGAGAAAUCUAGGGAGACUUCAAGCCUACCCUUCAAAGAGUAGCUAUGCAACGAGUUUAUUGGACUGCGCCAGAUUCAUGGACGCUUAUAAUAGCCUGGGGUAUUUGGAAUCCAAGUAUGGUGAAUUCCUCAAAGGUCUCAGGGAGAAUCCAACACUUGUAGCUUCGACUUUAGCCUUUGCUGACUCUGUAAACAUGGAUAUGAAACAAGUGUUACGACUAAUACUCAACUCAUUGUACGGAAAUUGCCUACUACCGGAAGAUGAAAACCAUGUCCUUGUUUUGAUGAAAUCGCUAAUAGAGCUACAAAUUUUGAAAUCUGAUAAGCCGCAGGAAUUUUUUAGAAGUCCAAGGAACUGGUCUUUUACUAUCAUUUUUAGUGUUUUAAUUGAAAGCCUGUUUUCCGCCAAGCUCUAUUUAACCGCAGCUCUACACACACAGAUUCUUCAAGUCCUUGGGAAUGAUUCUCGUAUCCAAGCCAAACUUCCCUAUAUUUGCACUCUAUUUGUACAAAGUUUAGAAGAAAAACUUUAUUGUUUUCCCUCAAGCCUGCGUUGGCUAGUCUGUCAGCUCUACAACACACUCAAGACAAAAGGGAAGAUGUCCGACAGAGAAGCGAAAUCGAUGGUUUCAGAACUGUUAUUCAACUAUCUGGUUUGCCCUGCGAUUAUAAACCCUGAGCCUUAUGGUAUCAAUUCAGACAUGCAAGUCAGCAAAGUUGCCAGACUGAACUUGCAACAGAUUAGCUCUCUAUUGUGUAAAAAAUGCGCUUCGCCAUGGCAGGGCCAGCUAAAUCAGCGUUACUCAUCUGAAGACCUUUUUGGCUCCCUAGACACGCAUUGCAUCUCAUCCUUCAUUGAUGCCAUUCUGAGAGGGGCUUCCAAUAUGCCUGAUUUCCCAGCAGAACGCACCAUCCCAUGCCUAGCCCGAAGCUCUGUCUUGAUAACUGAAAAUGAGCUUAGGGCAUUGAUUGCAUUCAUGAAAAUGAUCAGCAAUUGGGAAAAUCCAGGUGAUUUCAUUGACAUACCCACUCUUCAGGACAUUAUCUCAAACCUCCCACCCGAAUCAAAACCAGUCUCCAAAACAACCCCGGCACCACCCAAGGCAGAUUCCCCUCGGGGAAGCCCUCAUCCGCCCCGUAAACAAAAGCGUGGCUUUGCAAAAUUGCGUGGUAGGCACACACAACAAGAGAAUGUUUCUGCAGAUGAGGAUGAGGCAGAGAAAAAGGUAGCUGUGUCAUUGUUGGCUCCCUUUGCCCCUGCCGUCCCACAGUACCAGCUGUAUCAGCAGGAGUGCUUAAAGAGACUGGGGGAGUUGUUCACUGAGGGGGAGGGCGUGCUUGUUGUGCCACUGGGGUACUCUUCAGUACAACCCCCUGGAAUGCUACCAGAAGACAAAGUUCUGGGAAUUGAAAAACCCCCAAAACAAGAGACUAUAAAGAAGGUUGAGAGACAGAACUCAAAUAGUGAUCAACCCUUCAGAAUGCGAACAGGUUCCAACAAAUUCACAGAGCUUUUUAGCAAGAUGUCCUUGGAUAAAGAGCUGGACAAAGUGGACUCUGAAUCUUCUAGUAAUGAAAUAGAGACCAGCGGGGAGCACAUGCUUGAAGAACCAGAGCCACCAUCUCAUGUCCAGGCUCAACCACCUCUUCUACCCAUUCAACCUUCUCCAGUGCUACAGCACCAACCGCUGCAACCACAGGCUGUGCACGCAUUGCAGCCACAGCAACUCGACUUGGUGCAGAGUACAACUUCUGGGGCCACACCUUUUCCUGGGGGAAUAGGCACCCCCCUUGUUGGCCCAGAUGUGCUUGGUACAGGCCCUGCAAAUCAGCACCAUGAUGCUCUUGUUGACUUAAUUGACUUCAUUGGCGAGAAAGCAGUCACAGCAACAGCAACAGUGCCCCACACAGGAGAAAACCAGUUUAACUUGAUUGACAGGCCAUUAAUACCUGAGCCUCUUUCGUUGAUUAACAGAUCUGGGAGUAACUCAUCAGGUACCUCAUCAGCCAUCCGCGACAGUGCCAUUAGCAGUGGCAGUAGCCUCAGAGACAGCACCUUGUCCAGUCUGAGUGGCGGCAGAGAGAGCCUUUUGGACUAUGGCUUUGUGGAUGGCACACCCGACUCCACCCACCCCUCCCUGGCACCCAACAGAAGCAGCACCCUCUCUGAAACAAGUAUGGAUGUGGAUCGAAAGAGUAUCAUUAGUAGAGAUAGUGUCAGCAGUGGCACAGUGGUGCAAGAGUCUAAUCGAGACAGCCAGGGGAGUGUCAUGAGCGAUGAGUUUCACGCAGAGUCAAACCAAAGCGGCUCCUCCAGUGCUCCUGAGGACGAUUUAGAUCUCCGUGGUGGGACGAAGUCAAAAGGGAAGAAGGUAAAGAAGCAUAAUUCCAUUAAGAGGAUGAUAAGAAGGAAGGCUCCUUCGCUGGGAUUUGCAGAGCACAAGGCACGUAAGGCUAAGGAGGAGAGGAGGAGGUCGUCACCUGAUGUUGAGGUGCAGGAAAAUAAAGAUAUCAAGAAAAAAAAAGGUAUUUUACGCGGGCUAAGAGCAAAGAGGGACAGGUCUGGUAGCGGAAGGACCAAGGAAAGCAACAAUAAGGUGUACCAGGUUAUCGAGGAUGACGUCAUGGACGUGAUUGGCAAGCCCCCUGCCAUACCCCCCGCACAGGUCCAGGCUGCCGAGGAGAAAACACCCAAAGACAUCAUCGAUGGUCUGCUGGAGAAGUACAAGGAGAUUGGUAGCCAGAUGGCCGACACAUCAGCAGAUGAUGGGCUAGAUGAUGAUGAUGUCGAGGAAGAAGACGAUGACGUCUUGGACGAGGCGGACCGGUUUAGGGACACAAAACGCAAGCUCAGACUUGUACUGUGUCAGGCUGACUUUCGUGAUCUUCCCUGGCUCAUGUCCGAUCAUAACGUCACUGACUAUAGGACGCCGUUUAGCUCGGAUACCAGCGAACUGAUGACGUUCUUGCACGUGCAGUUGGCCGAGGCGAUCAACCUGCAGAACCGAUCACUCGCGGCCCAACUGCACGAGACAAUCCGAAGUGUCAAGCAGUUUCCUAGUAACAGCUGCACGACAGUGUUGACUUCCAUCGAGGAGGACUACCGUGCGAGGAUGCCCUACCUGGCGUACCUGACGAGGUCCAGACAAGCACUUUUAGGCACGCAUGCGCAUCUUGAGAGACUGCUGGACAGAGUGCAAAGGAACAAGUUGAUUUGUAAGAAGUGCUUCAUUUCAAACUGCGUGACACUGUUUCUGGAAGCACGGGAGAAAGAAAUCAACACUUUCAUCAAUGGUUUCCGUAGCAACUGUCCAACACCAGAUGAAAAGUGUCGAUUUGUGGAACAGUUCUUGGAAAAACUCUACACCGAGCUCGACCAGGAUGAAGUUUGGCUAGGGGCCUCCGACGACCACAGGGAAGAGGGGUAUAUUGCCAUUGAACGAGAUAUCAUGGGAAGAAUUUACAGCUUUGCAUUCUACCCGAAUGGAGACAUCGACGUCGAAAGAGACAAAACUUUUACCGAGCACGUCAAACGACUGCAAGGAAUUGUCGAUAUAAACCAUAAAGCUGUCCGCAUUCGUAAGAUGUACCGCAAGGAGGCACCAUGGCCGUCAGCUCAACAGGAACUGGCCACCAUCAACGCGUACAAGACGCCCACAGACAAGCUUAAAUGUGUUCAGCGGUGCUGCUUCACAAUCAUGAAUCUUCUCAACAUGGCAUGUGCGUCCGAUCAGUGUGAGCCCGCAGGUGCCGACGACUUCGUGCCAGCGUUAGUCCUCGUUGUAAUAAAAGCCAACCCUCCCAGUCUCCUCUCCACUAUUCAAUACGUCAGUAAUUUCUAUGGUCAGCGGUUGUCUGGCGAGGAGGCCUGGAGCUGGAUGCAGUUUUGUGCAGCAGUUGAAUAUACAAAGACGAUAAGAAUAUAAGAAUGGCCUUAUGGAUAUAUUAAAUGUGUCAACUAAAUAGAACCUCAAAUGUCUCAACUUAAUAGAAAUAACUCAUGUUGGCAUCUAUGUUAUAUGCUGUGUUUAGAAAGAGCUCUCAGGCGUAAAGUCAAUGCCAUAGACGAGUCGAAGCUAAGGCUUUGCCCCGAUGUAAAAAGAGGGCUAUGCGCCAAGGAAACAAGGCCUGUCUGUAUUGAGUUAGAGGGGCUGUAACUACACAACUGAUAGACUGAGCAACGAAAUAAGGUUUUAGCAGAAGAUAUCCUUAUUGUCUUAUAAAAAAAACAGUAAUCAGAAAAUGUUUGCUUAAAUAACAGAAGCCAGAAAACAUUUUUAUUAGCAAUAUGGAACACAAAGAUAAUCGCAGUAAUGGCCAUUUGAAAUUGUUCGUAGAAUAUGCAAUCAUUAAAGACUUCUUCACUCGAUAA